AUGGAGAAGAAGAAGAAAGGCGAUGGUGAAUCGAACUCGAAGCCGCCUCUAAUGGCGUUGAACCAUGUCUCAAGGCUUUGCAAAGACGUUAAAAAGUCUUUGGAGUUCUACACGAAGGUGCUAGGGUUCGUGGAGAUAGAGCGGCCAGCUUCGUUUGACUUCAACGGUGCGUGGCUUUUCAACUACGGUGUAGGGAUUCACUUGGUGCAAGCUAAGGACGAAGACAAGUUACCUUCUAAUACUGACCAUUUGGAUCCGAUGGAUAACCACAUCUCUUUCCAAUGCGAAGACAUGGAAGCUUUGGAAAAGAGGCUCAAGGAAGUGAAGGUGAAGUACAUCAAGAGGACGGUGGGUGACCAGAAAGAUGCGGCCAUUGAUCAGCUCUUCUUCAACGACCCUGACGGCUUCAUGGUGGAGAUUUGCAACUGCGAGAAUCUCGAACUUGUCCCACGCAAUUCAGCGGACGCCAUACACCUCCCAGAAGACCGACACGCACCUCCUGUUGCCCUCCAUGGCUCAUCCGACAGUAGAAUGCCUCAACCCAAUUCUUAG